CACCCAGUGUCAUCAGCCUGGCGCCUCAGUGAGAAAGUUUCACUGCAAGAGGCCCUGGGGUAUUAUCAUUUCUCUCUUUCACCCUGUCUAGGUUGCCAGCAAAUCCUAAGGGCCCCCUGAGGCUGAGCGUGAGCCGGGUCCCUCCAGCCCUUGAAAGAUGAACUCCUGCAUCAUCGUAAUGAGGCUGCUGCUGUCUGGGCCUUUUCUCUUUGCCCCAGCCUCAAGCUACAACGUGGACGUGCGGCACGUGCAAAGCUUCUCCUACCCACACGCCGGGAGGCACUUUGGGUACCGAGUCCUGCAGGUUGGAAACGGGGUUGUCGUGGGAGCUCCAGGUGAGGGGAACAGCACGGGAAACCUCUAUCAAUGCCAGCCAGGCACUGGACACUGCCUACCAGUCAGCCUGAGUGGUUCCAACUAUACCUCCAAGUACUUGGGAAUGACCUUGGCGAGAGACCCCACAAAUGAAAACCUUUUGGCCUGUGACCCUGGGCUGUCUCGGACCUGUGACCAGAAUAUCUAUCUAAGUGGCCUGUGUUACCUCUUCCACCAGAAUUUGAGGGGUCCUGUGCUGCAAGGGCGCCCUGGUUAUCAGGAAUGUAUAAAGGGCAAUGUAGACCUGGUAUUUCUGUUUGAUGGUUCAAGGAGCUUGCAGCAAAAUGAAUUUCAGAAAAUUGUGGAUUUCAUGAAGGAUGUGAUGAAGAAACUUAGCAACUCUUCCUACCGGUUUGCUGCUGUUCAGUUUUCCACGACCUACAAAACAGAAUUCACUUUCUCAGAUUAUGUUCAGUGGAAGGACCCUGAUGUUCUGCUGGCCACAGUAAAGCACAUGCGCCAGUUGACCAACACCUUUGGUGCCAUCAACUAUGUCGUGACAAAUGUGUUCCGGCAAGACCUGGGGGCCCGACCAGAUGCCACCAAAGUGCUUAUCAUCAUCACUGACGGGGAAGCCACUGACAAAGGCAACACUGACGCAGCCAAAGACAUCAUCCGCUACAUCAUUGGGAUUGGAAAGCAUUUCAAGACCAAGGAAAGUCAGGAGACACUCCACAACUUUGCCUCCACACCCACGAAGGAGUUUGUAAAGAUUCUGGACACAUUUGAGAAGCUUAAAGAUCUAUUCACUGAGCUGCAAAAGAAGAUCUAUGUCAUUGAGGGCACAAGCAGACAGGACCUGACAUCUUUUGACAUGGAGCUGUCCUCCAGUGGGAUCAGCGCUGACCUCAGCAAGGGCCGUGGCGUUGUGGGGGCAGUUGGAGCCAAGGACUGGGCUGGGGGCUUUCUAGACCUGAAGGUAGACCUACAAGAUGAUGCAUUUGUUGGGAAUGAACCACUGACAAAAGAAGUGAAAGAAGGCUAUUUGGGUUACACCGUGGCCUGGCUGCCCUCCCGAGGGCUCCCAUCACUGCUGGCAGCUGGAGCCCCCCGAUACCAGCAUGUGGGGCGGGUGCUGCUGUUCCAAGAGUCAGAGAACAGAGACCACUGGAGCCAGAUCCAGAAGAUAAAUGGGAGCCAGGUCGGCUCUUAUUUUGGUGGUGAGCUGUGUGGCGUUGAUGUCGACCAAGAUGGGGAGACAGAGCUGCUGCUGAUUGGAGCUCCUCUGUUCUAUGGGGAGCAGAGAGGAGGCCGAGUGUUUGUCUACCAGCGAAAACAGCUGGGGUUUGAAGUGGCCUCAGAACUUCAGGGGGAUCCUGGCUACCCCCUUGGGCGAUUUGGAGCAGCCAUCACUGCCCUGACGGACAUCAAUGGGGAUGAGCUGAUGGACGUGGCUGUGGGAGCCCCUCUGGAGGAGCAGGGAGCUGUGUACAUCUUCAAUGGGCGCCAUGGCGGGCUGAGCCCUGAGCCAAGUCAGAGGAUAGAAGGAACCCAGGUGUUAUCAGGAAUUCGAUGGUUUGGACGUUCCAUCCACGGGGUGAAGGACCUUGGAGAAGAUGGGCUGGCAGAUGUGGCUGUCGGGGCUGAGGGUCAAGUGAUCAUGCUGAGCUCGCGGCCUGUGGUGGACGUCAUCACUCUGCUGUCCUUCUCCCCGGCCGAGAUCCCAGUACAUGAAGUGGAGUGCUCCCCUUCAGCCAGCAACAAGAAGAAGGAAGGAGUCAACAUCACAGUCUGUUUCCAGGUCAAGUCUCUCAUCCCCCAGUUCCAAGGGCUCCUGGUUGCCAACCUCACUUACACUCUGCAGCUGGAUGGCCAUCGGACCAGAAGCCGGGGAUUGUUCCCCGGAGGGAGAGAUAAACUCAGUGGGAACACAGCUGUCACCCCGGUCAAGUCCUGCACUGAGUUUUGGUUCCACUUCCCGGUGUGCAUUCAGGACCUCAUCUCUCCCAUCAAUGUCUCCCUAAAUUUCUCUCUCUGGGAGGAAGAAGGGACACCGAGGGACCAAAGGGCGCAGGGCAAGGACAUACAGCCCAUCCUGAGACCCUCCCCACACUCGGAGACCAAGGAGAUCCCUUUUGAGAAGAACUGCGGAGAGGACAAGAAAUGUGAGGCAAACCUGGGGCUGUCCUUCUCCCCUACAAGAUCCAAAGUCCUGCGUCUGACCCCCUCUGCCAGCCUCUCUGUAGAGUUGACACUGACCAACUCAGGAGAAGACGCUUACUGGGUCCGGCUCGGCCUGACAUUGCCCCGGGGACUGUCCUUCCGCAAAGUGGAGAUGCUCAAGCCUCACAGCCAGAUACCUGUGAGCUGCGAGGAGCUUCCUGAAGAGCCCAAGCUUCUGACCAGGACCCUCUCUUGCAACGUGAGCUCUCCCAUCUUUAAAACAGGCAGUUCGGUUGUUAUCCAGGUGAUGUUUCAUACGCUGAUGAACAGCUCCUGGGGGGACUUUGUUGAGCUGCACGCCAAUGUGAGCUGUGAAAAUGAAGACUCAGGCCUCCUGGAGGACAACUCAGCCACCACCAGCAUCCCAGUCCUAUACCCUGUCAACAUCCUGACUGAGGACCAAGAAAACUCCACACUCUAUAUCAGCUUCACCCCCAAGGGUCCCAAGAUCCACCAUGUCAAGCACAUCUACCAGGUGAAGAUUCAGCCUUCUGUCCAUGACCACAAUGUGCCCACCCUGGAGGCUUUGAUUGGGGUACCAUGGCCUCACAGCAAGGGGCCCAUCAUGCACAAGUGGAGAGUGGAGAUGGAGCCUCCUAGCACCUGCUACCAUGAGGAUCUGGAGAUGCCACCCAGUAUGGCUGAGUCCCCUCAGCCUUGUUUGCCUGGAGCCAAGUUCCGCUGCCCACUUGUCUUCAAGCAGGAGAUUCUCAUCCAAGUGAUCGGGACAGUGGAGCUUGUGGGGGAGAUCGAGGCCUCCUCCAUGUUCAGCCUCUGCAGCUCUCUCUCCAUCUCCUUCAACAGCAGCAAGCAUUUCCACCUCUAUGGCAGCAAUGCCUCUCUGGCCCAGGUCAUCAUGAAGGUCGACAUCGUCUAUGAGAAGGAAAUGCUCUACCUCUACGUGCUGAGUGGCCUCGGGGGGCUUUUGCUGCUGUUGCUGAUUUUCAUGGCGCUCUACAAGGUUGGCUUCUUCAAACGGAACCUGAAGGAGAAGAUGGAGGCUAGCGCAGAUGCCUCAGACGGAAUCCCUGGGGAAGACUCCGGGCAGCCGGCGUCUGAGGAGGAGGCUAUGGAUCCGGGCUGCCGGGAUCCACUCCACGAGGAAGAGGCCCAGGAUGGAGGUGGCAAAGACUGAGGCCUAGGCCUGAGGCAGAGGGCCCAGGACUGGACUUGGGAUGCCUGGUGCCGGUCUGCCGCUACCUACAUUUCACUGUGUGUCUUCGAGCAAGUCACUGCCCCUCCCUAGGCCUGUUUCCCUGUCUUGAACGUGGAGCUCAUUCCUCCCUGCCUGCUUUUGCAGGCUAAUGGUGAGGAGCCACUGAGGGAUGGGCCAGGAAGGCUACAGAGGUGAGGCCUUGUAUCAGAUGGCCCUGGCUUCCAGCAGUCCAUCAGUCCCUCCUAGUUUCCUCCCCUGGAAGAGAACGCCUGAUCUAAUCUGGAGAAACUGUAGUGUCAGGACGCUCCAGGCCCUCACAUCCACCUGCGCUUAGAUGUCCAUAGAGGCUUCAGACUCCCAGAACCUUACCCUGCACUAUCUCCUGCCCGGAGUCAGCUUUCCAUUCUGCGGCCCGAGAACAAAUCUGAUCCGUGUCACUACGUUGCUGCUGCAAACCCCCUGCCCUUUGCUAAAGACCAAAUUCCUUAAUAUGCCUUCCAAAAUCUGGAAAACUAGGCCCCUGUUGCCUUCCGAGCCUUCUCUAGAGACAUCCCCCCUCCCUUUCUAACCUUCAGUUACAUCAGCCUUUUUCAUUUGCCAAGGUCCUUCCUGUCUCGCUGCCUUCACUCAGACUACUCUCUCUGCCUGGAACAUUUCUCCUGCUUCCCUUUCCUGGCUAACUCUCACUCGGCCUUCAGCUCUCAGCUCACACGUCACUUCCUCAGGGCAGCCCCCCGGCCCUGACUCAGGUGGGCUCCCAUGUUGUACACGCUUACACGAGCCUGCACUUGUCUCUCAUCGCACAGAUCAUACUUGUUCAUCAUCAGAUGAUUUACUUAAUAUCCAUCUCUCAAAUUAAACAGUGAACUCCAUGAGGGUAGGGACCAUACCUGUCUUGUUCACCUUGGGAUCCCUGGUGAUACCACAGAGCCAGACACUAGUAGGUGCUGGAACAAUUGCAUUGAAUUAGUGAGGGAGCCUGCAGGAAGACAGAGAAAAAAGUUUGGCUGGGCCGUGGCAUCCCCAUCCUUCAAGGCUCAGUCUUUCCCAGGCUCCUGGCCCCCUCCUGCCACAGCCCCACCAGGACUGCAUCACAGCCCCCCGUGGUUCCCACUGUGAGACUGUGAGCUCAAAGCUGAGGACCAUGUCUGUUCAGCUGGCUCCCCAGUGCCAAGCACAGUGCCUGCGUAUAUUCAUCCCAUAAGUGUGAAAUUCAGUCCAAUUUUGUGAUGUUUUCAUGCUUGGUGUAACAUUCCAGCCUGGCUCAAUUAAAUCAGCAUUUCCUUCUCAACCCUUUCA